GAAUUAUGUAAAAAAAGAAAAACAAAUAAAAAUAUGAAAAACAUUAGUAAAUGAUGAAAGAUAAGCAAUAAUAAAGAUAAACAAAAAAGUAGUUAAAGAAAUAGAGAGGAUAAGCUCGUUCGCUCAAAGGUAUAAAAAAUAAAUUAUUAUUUAGGUUAUGCUAAACAUUUUUAAGAGUUUUAAGAUGAAAUGAAUUAAUUAGGACUUUAAAUUAGAGAUGUAGAGGGAGAUGGAAAUUGUCUUUUUAGAUCAAUAGCAGAUGUAUUACAUGGAGAUGAAAAAUAUCAUAAAUAAUUAAGAAGAUUAGCAGUUUAAACAAUGGAAGAAAAUUAAGAAUUUUUUGGACUCUUUAUUGAAGAUGAUAUGACUUUCAAUUAAUAUUUAAAAGAAAUGUCGUCAGAUGGUGAAUGGGGAGGCAAUUUAGAAUUACAAGCACUUUCUUAGGCAUUGGAUGUAAAUUUUUUCAUCCACAUGAAAGGAAGACCGUCUAUGAUUAUAAAAUCAAUGACAGAUGAAAAACCUUUAAAUGAAGUAAAUUGUUGAUUAUAGCAAUGUUAGAAAGAUUCACUUCAUUUAGCUUAUCAUUUAAUAGAAAAUGUUGCUGAACAUUAUAGUGCUGUAAGAAUGUUAGGAGAUGACAGUAAUAAAAGAGCUGAACCUAUAACCUUAGAUAUUUUUGAAGGUCUAUUAGAUACUUUCUAAUAAGCCCCUUUAGGAGAUGAAGAUAAUUUUUAAUAAUUUGAUGAAUUAGAAUAAUUUGAAGAUCCUGAAGAAAGAGAAUACUUUUAAGCCUUAAAAGAAUAAGAAGAAGCUGAAAAGGCUGCUAAAGAGGCUAUGAAAAAAGCAGAGCUUUAAAAAUAUUAAUUGAAAUAGAAAAAGAAUAAAAAAUGCAAUUGUGGUUCCAAUAAAACCUAUAAAGACUGUUGUAUGAAUAUAGAUAUAGAGAAAGCUGAGAAAUAGAAAAAUCCUAAACAACAACAAUAAUAACAAUAAUAAUAAUAAUAAUAACAAUAAUAACCUCAAUCAGAUACUCCAAUGAAAAAAUAAGCUGUAUUUAUAUGA